GUAACGGGGAGGGGGCGGCGGGACGGGCCCUUCCCGCACAGCCCCGCUCCGCCCCGCGGCCCCGCUCCCUGCGUCCUUCCCUUCUCCGCUAGCGAAGGGCGGUCAGUGGUGCCCCCGCGGCACCGUCCUUGGGGCCGGGUGAAGCGGUGAAGCGUGUACCCGAUUCGCCGCCUCCUUCGCACUUCUGCAUUGUUACACCUUCCCGCAUCUCAGUGCGAUUGAGGCACCUGCACUAUACGGUGUUCCCCCAUUAAUUAAAUCCGUGCCGGGGGUGCACCGGGUUCCCGAAGCAAAACCCUGCCAGCUCAUAGACCCGGGGCCGUCAGGGGUCUCUUUCUGCAGCGUACUUGUGCAAAGCCCAACCAGUGCGUAGACCCGUGGCGGCUCUUUGUUUUGAGCCGUCACCCUGUGCUGUUGUACGGGAUUCGACUUCUGACUGCUGACCAAACGAAAAUAAGGUUCACAGGGAGAUGUAGCUUCUAAAAUAAGAAAGUAUUGGGAAUCUUGACUGUGAUGCAGACAAGACUCCCAAGCUCCCUAGGAUACAGCAGCAGCCCAACUCUCUGGGAUUCCUCAGGCAUUUGGAAGACAAGGGGUGAACCCCCCUGUAGCCAUACCCUUCCCCUGUGCUCCCCUGUGACAGUGGCGUUACCCUUGAGGGAAAAGGAGCAUCCCUGUUUAUGAGGCAGGGUUUAGCGAUAGUGGGGCGAGGUGGCAGUGUGGAGGAACACUGAGUUCCCUGCAGGAGCUGCGUUUGCAUGCCCUGCUCUGCCCUUUGCACAUAAGGAUGGCGCCUGCGGAGGAGCUCAGUGCCUCCCUCAGAGCAGGUGGACUGCGAGCUUUGACCUGGCAGAGGCACGUGCACCCAGACCUUUGUCAAAUGGGUGUUGUCUGGCACUAGCGCGGGUGUUUGGCGAGGUCUUUUCCUCACGCUGUUGCUGGCCCCGUGUCCCCCUUGCAAUUCUCCUUGCUCCAAAAACCCCCAAUCCUGAACGCGUGCUGUGCCGCAGGGAGGAUUUACUGGAACAGAAAAUAAUCUGUGCAGGAAUGAUGGCUGUGGUGGGGCAUAGGGGCACUGGUGCCCAGGAAUGUGAGAAGCAGCCUGUGUGCAGUGCACGUGUCACACGGCUGCAUGAUCCGACUUCUGCCCCACCAGGCAGGGGUUCCUCAGCUGCACGCUCUUCAUGGUGUUGGUGGCGGUUUCCUCGGUAGAAAAAAUCAGAUGUUAAAGAGGAAAUGGGCCAGUGAAGCUGCUGCAGAAAUGCUGAGAGGACUGUUAAAACUGAUAGAAGUAAUAAAAAUUUGUCUACCUGCAAGCAGUGAUCUUUUCCAGGGUUGUGUAACAGGGCUGCCUUUAUCUGUGAGGAGGUGGUGGCUGAUGUGGGGGGCUCCAGCCCCAACCUGCCAUGCUAGCUCAUUUGACCGAGGACCCUACAGACACCGAUGCUUUUAUUCCUCCAGAGGAAGCCAGCGCAUGGUCCUUGUAAAGUUUUUAAUCCUUCCUGAUGUGUGGAGUUGUCUGUGAAGAGGCUCUAGAUAGCAGUACAGGCACAAACCAGAGAGGAUGCAGAGUGUAAUUUAUUUGAACGGUUGAGUGGCUUUCACUGUUGAAAUAUUUGUGUGAAAUACCAAAUGUUUUUACAUUGGCUUUUGAAAUGCUGAGCGUUGGAGACAAACUCCAGUGAAGUGAAAACAACCUUCUCUCUUGCUUACAAGCAAGAAAAAGGAGCCUGUGAAAAGCCGGAACUGCUCCCAGGUCUAUCUGAGGACAAAAAGCUGUUUCAUCUGAGGGAUUCUCAAGUGUGUCAGCUAGCAAGACGCGGCAGGACAGAGACUGCAAAUGGCAGCCUAGCAGUCAGAGUUUAGCUGCUGCUAGAAACACUGCAAAAGCUUGCAGUUGGACAAAUGGUGCUCAGUAGGCUAACCAGGCUGCAUUGCUAUUUCUUUCCCUUGCCCCCUUCCUUUCUGCAUCGUGAGCACCUCCCAGCCCUUCCUUUCUGUGCCUCUGGCACGCAGCCUGCAUGAAGUCUUUCUCCCUGCCCUAUUUCUGUCCCUAACCUAGCUUGUUUGCAUUCCAGCUCCACAGUGCUGUAAGAGCCUGGCUUUGCUGUGGCUCCAGAUGAGCUCUGCUCAGAGGGUGGCCAGGGAAACCGUCCCUGGGCCUCCCUGUGCCCUCUUGCCACUGCCCUGUCCUGCAGCAUGGCUUGUUGCUCCAUCCUUUGGUUCUGCCAUUUCAUCUUGACUUGGAUCAGAGGAGGCUGAUAAGAGGGAAGGAAGGGGAUGGGAGGUCAGCCCUUGAAAACAAAUGGAAAGAAGCAAGCUCGAGGGAGGGAGGGAAAGGAGUGUGCCCAGGAACACGUGAUGGCUAGGUCUGGUGGUGCUGGGUCAUGGCGUGGCUCACAUGGCAGCGGUGCAUGUCUGCUUGUUAUGUCACUACGUGCUGCCUUUUUUUCUUGCCUUAGGGGGUGUGAUAGCUUACAUCAGCUCUUCAAGCUCGGCAUCUAGCCCAGCCUCAUGUCACAGCGAGAGCUCAGACAGCGGUUUCCAGUCGUCCUCUUCGCCUGUACCAUCUUCUCCAAACAGCUCCUCCUCGGAAAGCGGCUGCAACGGCCGAGGCAGCGAGGGCUCUGAUGGGGCACCAAAGAGCGAUCGGCUGGAGGAGACUAUUAAAACAAACCAGUCGAGUGUUGCUGGCUUGACAAAAGGCCAUAAUGGAGUAACAAAAUUUAAUGGCAUGGUUCUUCUUUGCAAAGUCUGUGGAGACGUCGCUUCCGGAUUUCAUUAUGGCGUUCAUGCCUGUGAGGGCUGCAAGGGUUUUUUCAGAAGAAGCAUUCAACAAAACAUCCAGUAUAAGAAGUGCUUGAAGAAUAACAACUGCUCUAUAAUGAGAAUGAAUAGGAACAGAUGCCAGCAGUGUCGUUUCAAAAAAUGCCUGUCUGUUGGGAUGUCAAGAGAUGCUGUUCGAUUUGGCCGUAUUCCCAAACGUGAAAAACAGAGGAUGCUGAUUGAAAUGCAGAGUGCCAUGAAAACCAUGAUGAACAGCCAGUUCAGCAGUCACUUACCCAGCGAAGCAUUAACAGAACAUCAAGAUCAAGCACCUCAAGAAGACCUUUCCUCCAAGCCCAAGCAAGAGCGGGAAACCAUCAAAAGCCCUUCUCCCCCUCCUAGUGCCGACAUGGCAAAGGAAGAAGUGAUCGGUAUGGUCACUAGGGCCCACAAAGACACUUUCAUGUACAACCAAGAACAGUCCCAAAACCCAGCAGAGAUGAUGCAGCCCCAAAGCGGGGAGAGAGUGUCAAAGAACGCUGAGCAGUACAUCUUGAGCAGCAAGCACUGUGUUAGUGGGCUUGGGGGCCCUCAGUACCCUGAAAGUGAGAAGCACCUUGGUGGACAGUACAAAGGGAGAAGCGCAAUGCAUUAUCCAAGUGGGCACACCAUGUGUUUCCCAAAUGGCCACUGCAUGAACUUCACCAGUGGUUAUACUCAGCGACUGUGUGAUAGGAUCCCAGAAGAUGGCUUUUCUCCAAACAAGAAUACCACUUACUCUUGCAGCACUGGAGGAAGAAUGCAUCUGGUCUGCCCAAUGAGUAAGACUCCUCACGUGGACCCAAACAAGUCUGGCCAUGAAGUCUGGGAAGAGUUUUCACUGAGUUUUACCCCUGCAGUGAAGGAAGUGGUGGAGUUUGCCAAGCGCAUCCCAGGUUUCCGAGAUCUCUCUCAACAUGACCAGGUUAAUCUUCUGAAGGCUGGGACCUUUGAGGUUUUAAUGGUACGGUUUGCAUCUUUGUUUGAUGCAAAGGAACGUACCGUCACCUUCCUGAGUGGAAAGAAGUACAGUGUGGAUGACCUGCAUUCAAUGGGAGCCGGUGAUCUGCUCAACUCAAUGUUUGAAUUUAGCGAGAAACUAAAUGCCCUGCAACUUAGCGAUGAGGAAAUGAGUUUGUUUACAGCGGUUGUCCUGGUAUCUGCUGAUCGUUCCGGAAUAGAAAAUGUCAAUUCUGUGGAGGCGCUUCAGGAAACACUAAUCCGUGCAUUAAGGACCUUAAUAAUGAAAAAUCACCCAAAUGAAGCCUCUAUUUUCACAAAACUUCUUUUGAAAUUACCUGACUUGCGUUCCUUAAACAACAUGCACUCUGAAGAACUCUUGGCCUUUAAAGUUCACCCAUAGGCCUUUAGGUCUCAUUUGUACUCGGACUUGCCUCGUGUUAAACUGUUUUGUGCUAAAAUAUGUAUUUAUACAGUUGUACCACUUGUUGGAGAGACAGAGUUCACAGACUGUGAACAAUUGAUAGCUGUCCCUUAACCAUGCAAUAACGCUUCAGCAGGUGCUUUCAGCUAGUGACGGCGCAGCAUUCAGGCUCCUCCAAGACAUCCAGACCCAGCUGUGCUGCACUUCUGCAGAAGAGGUUGUGAUAAGCCCCAGUAAAUAUGGACUGUUCUUUCCUUUAGAAAAAAAGAACCACCACUGCCCUCUCAUGUAAACUGAAUGCAGAAUAGCUGUGUAUGUGCAUACGGAGCAUGGAAUGAGGUGGGAACAAUCCUGUGCUAGUAGGAACAUGGAAGAGCUGAUUUAAUUGGUCUUUCACUUAUCUAAUAGAUGUAUGUCUGUGUCUUUUGAUAACUCACUCAUAGUUUCCACUGUUGUUAUUCCAUUAAACCCGGUGGAAUGAUUUCAGCCUGCACCAACUCUUCACUGAGCAUGUGUUCAUGCCAUGUGUAUAUAAUAUAAAUAGUUAAGUAAUGAGUGUUUAUGGCUAUAUAAAGUACAGAGUUGUGUGUAUAUAUGUGUAUGUAUAUAAAUAGUUCUAUACAUAAAGUAUACAUAUAAUUUCUUCACAAUAUUUUAAACUGUGAAGGAAUUUAAACUUACAACAGAAGGUGAUCUAUGGAAAGAACCAAAUAGAUGCACUUUGCAUAUUGCUGAACUAAUUAUCUGAGCAUUUUUUAGAAAACAUCCAAUUUGCAUUAAUAUGCUGUGUUUGUUAAUUUGAAAAACAAAACCAACAUCAAAACAAACAAGAAGACCAAAACCAAACCCAGAAUGGCACCAAAGGGGCAGAGUGAGAUUCAGUUUAUAGAAGGGGUUCGUAGAGAAUCUUAAGUGGAGAGGGUUGGUUGUGGCACUACUGAGAUUGAUUGUCCAUUGCCACUGAGGUUCUUAAGUUCUGAUAAAGGUUAAAAAAACAGCAGAUGCUCUUCAAAAACUUCAGCACAGCCAGAAAGAAGCUAUCAGAUGAAUAACAGCAUCUAUAAGAGGAAAAAACAAAGUGGGAAAAAUGUAUCCAUGGUUGCGUUUGGGUGUAUGUGUGUUCUGUGACUUUAUUUCUUGCAAUACAUCAUUUUGCUGCUUCAUUGCUAAAUGAGAAUUGGAAACGGAAAUGUGAGAUUCCCCACGUCUUUUCACAAUUUGGGCUUUGUGGUUCCCAUGCCUGUUCUUCUGGAGCUCUCCACUGGUGCGUGUGCAUGUGCGUGUGUGUGUAUGUGCAGAGAAGGUGCACUGGAUGGUCUGGAUUUUUUUCUUUAAAAGCCACCACAAAACCCAGCCAAAUAAAUGGGACUUCUUUUUUUGUUGUUUAUGCCAGUAGCAAAUUACAAAGCAGAUCCUCAAGGCUUAAGAUUCUGCUGCUUUUCCAUCUAGGAAAGUGGCGCUCUAUGGUUUUUUUUCCUCCAUUUGUAGCAGGACCUGGCACCAGAAAAGAGAGACUUUUAAAAGUCAAAGCAGUUGUGUUAAUUAGCUAUGUUUAUGUUUUGCUAAUGUGGGAAGAAGCAGCUCCAUUGCCCUUGUGUUUAGUUAACUUACCUUAGAGGUAGCCCUCUGGGACUGUAGUGUUCGGUAACGCUGCUCUGCGGAGGGAGAGACCUCUCCGGUUGUUGCUGUGUUCGGGCAUAUGCAGUAGUUGAGGCCAGGAGCCAGGAAGCUGCCAGACUGCAGGGCUCAUCCUUGCUGUGCAGGAGCAGCUCUGGCACAUGAGUGAUUCAAUGGGAACCCGUGUGCCUGCCGUGGAGCUGGAGCAGAGGCAGACCUUGGCCUGCCCCUGAGCAUCAGGAGGUGGGCAGAGGAGGGGAGGCUUGCACCUUGCCAUGGCUCUGGUCACCUUUGGGCUGUGGUUUUCCUCUCACACAGUGUCAGGAGUGCUGGCCAGGGCCCUGAGAGCAGGAGGGGGCAUGUGCUUCACCACAUUUGGCUUUAGCUUUGGCUGAGGAGCAGAAGAGCCCUUUUCCUUCCUCUGCCACUGAUGCGGGGAGAGCUGUCCUCCUGCAUCAAGCUGCUUUAACCACUGGAUAAUGGGCCCUUCAUUCAUACAGUUUUGCUAUCCAAAUGUGCUAUCCAUGGCAUACCGUCCUAAUUUCUGUUAACAGUCUGCAUCCUACCAGUAUUAUUUGAGAACUUCACUGAAUGACGCAUUGAACCAUUCAGACUUUAGAAAGGACAGUCAUGUUUUGUAUUGUUUAGGAGCUGAAAUUACUUCUUUUUAGACCCCAUUUCAAAUGUGGAAAGUACAGUUAACCAUUGGUUGUUUUGAGAGGGAAGGAGGCUUCUUACAGAGAUUGCCACCCUACAACUGUGUUUUGUUGUGUUUUGUUUUAUUUUAUUUUCUUAAAACUGUAUUAUUAAGCCUUUAGGAAUGUAUAACCAGGACCGAGUAAUUACUGCUUAUUAAAUUUUUAGUUAGAUUGACCAUGUAUGCCUGUAGAUAGAUAUUCUAACUCGUGCAAUUUCAUUUGAGAUUAUCUUCCUGUAUAUAAUGGAAAAACUCGUAUAACAGAGAAAAAAAAGCCCCAAACACAUUGACUGAACAAAAAAGGUGAUUAAAGUACGGUUCAAAAGUGAUCCAUGUAUUACAAACCCUAGCUGGACUCUUAGAAGAAAAUCUAAACUCAUUGUGUUAGCUGUGUAUUGUGAGCUCUUCUUUUACUGUGUCACUGGUUAUACACUUGUUAAACGCUGAGAUAAUAGACUUCAUGCCAGGCAUUUGAGUACUGUAGAUUGGGUCAUUGCUGAAAGAUUAAUGUACUGUAUGACUUAAAUGAAAUUUUUAUUCUUGAUUUUAUUCUUGAUUUUGUUCUUGUUUUGAAAGAUUAAAUAUGGGCAUUACGUCAGCAAGCGAAA